AUGGAUUCUUUCCGAAGCGUUUUCGUCAAGGCGUCAAUAGGCUUGGCUCUAGCAGUUACUGCCCUCGCCGCCCCAAACGCAACAGCGGUCCCUCUUGCGGAAGGUUGUGCAGCAUACCCCGGCUACGACAGCGCGACAGACAUGACGGGACCUCUGCGCGUGGUAGCCGACUUCACGGGCACCGAGCUCGACGGCUUCCGGUUCGUUCCGAAGUUCGCGAUCGCCGUCGGCGGCGGCAGCUGGGGAUUUAUGGUAAUACCGACGACCGAGGAUAAUAUAGCUGAGACUCCGUUCCGCUGCGGUAACGGCACGCUCCAGGCUCGCUUGAACGUGGGUAUCCAGGGCGAUCGGUGGCAGGCUUUGAUCGCGGCCGGGACGCCUGCCGAGUCCGUCUUCGGGUUUGGCCUCCCGGACCUUCCUGAUCCUAACUACCAUCUCAGAAUUUGGUAUUAUGUCAUGAGCGUUAUUUCAAUUGCCUCCUUGUUCCUUAAUUACCUUCAAGAUAUCGUCAAUCGUCAGAUUCUGCUGAAUCUACACGUUAACGUCGAAAACGAAUACCAGCAUUCGCACAUACUAGAUGGAACCGUGCAGCCGGGAGUAUUUUUAGGCGCCGUCAAUGUUACCACCUGGGGCUUCAACUACCAGAACAAUACCGAAGCGGGCGAGUACUACUUCGUGAGAUUGCUGGGCCCUAAUAGCAACAAUCUGGCGACAGGGAAACCGCUGAAUCCAGGUGAAUUUACUGGAUAUAUUAAAAUUACCGCCGCUUGA